AUGGACCUUGGGAGCAGAGGAAGAAUCCACUGUAACAUGAGACUCACCUGCUCUCUGCUAAUCAUGGCAGCAUUCUGCAUGACACCUUUCCUCUGCCAUAGUCAAACUGAUCCACUAGCUCUUGGGUGGGCAGAUCCCCAGUGUUGGGAAUCCUCCUCAGUUGUCUUACUGGAGAUGAGGAAGCCUCGCAUUUCUGACUCUGUCAGCGGCUUUUGGGACUUCAUGAUUUUUUUGAAAUCAUCAGAGAACCUGAAACAUGGGGCUUUGUUCUGGGACCUGGCUCAGCUCUUCUGGGAUAUCUAUGUGGACUGUGUGCUCUCCAGAACCCACGGCCUAGGGAGAAGGCAGCUAGCAGAAGCUGAGCAGAAGACUGCUACUCUACAUUCUCAGUUUACAGGGAGAAACCAAGGGAUAUUUUCUCAUAUUCAGAGGUCGCCAAUUCUGAAGAAGAGAGACUCAUUUGAAGAUUUAAUAAGUAUCCACAUGCAUAAGAGUAGACCUACAUUACUUCGAAGAGUCAUUGGAGAGCUAGGAAAAAAGAGGAAAUCACACUUUUAGUUCAAGAUCUUGAUUUGUAGAUAUUUUUUAAUUACUUCUCUUUAUUUUUUGCAUUCUAAUCCUCACUGAUGUCAAUUUACAUGUAGAAAAAGGCCUGUAAGCAUGGGCACCAUAUCUCCGAUUAACUUGGACUUAUGGGUUUUUUUAAUUAUCUAUUAAUUUCAUCUCCUUAAUAAACUGCAUGAUUUAUAAGCAGUUGCCUACUUU